GGACAUCAUUCGUCUGGAAAGGGGGGGAAGUUUGAUCCUCUUUCUCACGGAUCCCAGUUGCGGGAGUUUUUCUCCCGUUUACAGAGACCCGGGAUUAUCAUUUCGUUUUUUUUCAAUUCAAGAUUUCUUUUUUCAAGCUUACGUGAAAUUGCGCUUAGUUUCCCGUUACCCACUUCACUCCACUAACCUGGGGUUUCUCACUUUUUUAUUUUUCACUUGUUUUUCUCGAUUGAGCCCAAUGACUAUGCUCCUUGAUAGCGCUCCUCAGUUCCCGUCACUAGGAGUAGGGGGGUUCGGAACGCCUAGACACCAUGAGUUGGGAAACAGAGACCCCGGGCUGGGGCUCAGUCCCUUCGCAGAUUCAUCUCACUCGGCUGCCUUCAAGAUUAGUCCCGUUACUCACGACAUCGCCUCCAGCCAGACAUCAGCGUUCACCCCGCAAGCAACUGGAUACGCAGCAGCGCUCGGACACCACCACGGAGGACAAGUUGGUUCUUACGCCGGUGGAGCAUUCAAUUCGACCAGGGACUUUCUCUUCAGAAACAGGGGCGCAGGCAUCGGAGAGACCGCACCGCCGAGCGCCCAGCAUGGAAUCUUUGCCGCUUCUGCUGGGAGUCUACACGGGCCCCCCGGAAUUUCGGACAACCCGGGACAUCUGUUGUUUCCUGGACUUCACGAUCAGAGCGUGAGCCAUACAUCACCAGGAGGACAUGUUGUAAACAGUCAAAUGCACCUGGGUUUACGCGGGGACAUUUUUGGCCGUCCAGAUCCAUAUCGACCUGUGGCGAGCCCUCGUACGGAACCUUAUGGCGCCGCUCCGCUGCAUAACUACAACCAUCCCAUCAACAUGAACAUGGGAAUGAACGUACCCACACACCAUGGUCCGGGGGCCUUCUUCAGAUACAUGCGGCAGCCUAUAAAGCAAGAAUUGUCUUGUAAGUGGAUAGAUGAGAAUCAGAUGAACAGACCUAAAAAGACUUGUGACAGAACUUUCAGCACAAUGCAUGAAAUGGUGACACAUGUUUCGAUGGAACACGUUGGCGGCCCAGAGCAGAGUAAUCAUGUUUGCUACUGGGAGGAUUGCCCGAGAGAGGGGAAAUCCUUUAAGGCCAAAUACAAACUCGUGAACCACAUCCGAGUACACACUGGAGAGAAACCGUUCCCUUGUCCGUUCCCCGGUUGUGGGAAAAUUUUCGCAAGAUCAGAAAAUCUUAAAAUUCACAAAAGAACUCACACAGGUGAGAAGCCAUUUAAAUGCGAGUUCGAUGGCUGCGACAGGCGAUUUGCAAACAGCAGCGACAGGAAAAAGCACAUGCACGUGCACACAUCUGACAAGCCAUAUAUCUGCAAAGUGUGUGACAAGUCCUACACACAUCCCAGCUCUCUCAGGAAACAUAUGAAGGUACACGAAUCACAAGGCUCAGAGUCGUCUCCGGCUGCUAGCUCUGGAUACGAGUCGUCCACGCCGCCAGUGCUGGUUUCUGCGAAUACUGAAGACCCGACAAAAACACCCACGUCCGCGGUGCAAAAUACAUCAUCACACGGCGAUGGACUACCACCUAAUUUUAACGAAUGGUACGUUUGAAGCUCCAAGCAGACUCUCAAAUGGUGGACCAAAAGGUUGAAGUAACCUUUAAAAACUAUUUACGCUAUGGCGUACAAAAUGGCAUUGAAACAACAGGAAAAGAUGAGAGUUCGCCAGCAGGCCUCGACCAUUCUCAGGAUUCGAAAUUUGACUUUAUUCCGAGUUCGAAGAAAACUAGCAAGACAUAAAAUAACAAAAUAACACUUUCUAAGAAUAAAUGGUUUUCCUUUAGUUUUCAGAUUUCAGAUGAUUAUUUUAUUUUUCAUUUUAUGUAUUUUCUGAAAAAAAUAUUUAAAAAUAAUGGCAAAGAAAGAAUAUUUCACGGUGUUUUAUAUUAAGGUGACACUCACAUCACCUUUGAUUGAUUGUUAAAACUUCAGACAGUCUUAAGAAACGUGCCAAAGUCUUUGUCUUGAACUUGAACAAAAAAAUAAAUCAUAAAUAAGUAUAUAGCCUACUCGUGAAUGUAUUUCCUUGUUUGAUGGAGUCAAAUCUGUUGUCCAAGUCCGUUUUCAGGUGGAGAAAUGUGGUAUUAGCUUACGAUUGUUACCUUUGAAUAUAACGUUGCCUUUGUUAAUAAUGAUGUAAAUACAUAUCCAUGAUGCCAUAUUUAUCAAUUUGUAAUUUAAUUAUCGGCAAAAAAGCCGAAUCUUAAAUGAUAUUUAUGGAAAUGUUUUCUAACAAGACUGUACAGUUUUGAGUCAACCAGUUUUAACGAUGAAAAGGGAGUCAGUUCUAAAGUUCCCACGAUACGAUUGUAUCUUUUUUAACCAAUAUAUGUGUCUUAUCUGGGUCGUAAAGUAUUAAUUAUAUUAAUAAUAUGACAAGACAUGCUCUAUAGUUUAAAGUUUGCAUUUUGCAACGUAAGCUGAUGUGAGGAUCGGUAUAAAAAGUAAUAAAACAAUGGGUUCUCUUCCCCCCCCCCCCC